AGGGCUUUCUCACCCCGCCUUACAAAACCUAGUACACUAACAAAGAGCCCCCAUUCUUCAGCCCCCCAAUUCGAGAUUGGCGAGAGAGAAAAUGGGAGUGUUUACUUUCAUCUGCAGAUCUUCCGGCGGCGAGUGGACUGCUAAGCAGCUCAAGGGAGAUUUGGGAGCAUCCGCCGACUCCACAUACGAGCUACAGCGGAAGCUUGUCCAAACCGCUCUAGCAGAAGACGGCUCCGGCGGCGUCCAGUCAUCCUUCUCCUACGUCUGCCCUAGCUCCGCCGUUUUCCAGGUUAUUGUUGGCGGUGCUAGUGUUGCAGCAUGUGUUGGAGGUGGUGCAGCGGCUGCUCCUGCUGGCGGUGCAGCAGCGGCUGAAGCUGCCCCUGCCGAGGAGAAGAAGGAAGUGAUAGAAGACAGUGAGGAAGAAUAUGGACUCGGACUCUUUGACUAGAUAGUUUCUAUAUUCUAAAUAUCUGCUGUGUUUGAUGCACUGAAUUUUGAAAAUCACUAUUUCCGCGCGAAUUAAGUUUUUCAGACUCAUAUGUAUGGAUUAUUUUCAUGUUAAGUGUUUCUUGGGGUUAAUUUUAGUUUCUCUAUAACUCGCAUGUGCUUUGUCACGGUCAUAUACUCUUAAAUCUCUAUUUAAUCAACAACGUACAAUGAU